ACUGAGUGAAUGGGUAUUCGCGCUAUUCGCGCUGAAUAUAGCCUUUCCAUCAAGGAUGUGCUAAGUUCUGCCUGGAUACUACCGGCUCGCGAAUUCCGGGAAGGGAACGCGCGAUCGACCCCGUCACCGGGAAUAAACCCCGCGGAAGCAGGAUGCUGUUGCACAGGGUGACACCGUUGUUUCGCGGAAAGACCGUCGUUCUCAGGAAGACGGACACGCUAGUGUCCAAGUCCUUUCUCCGGUCGUCGAUCACCACGCCGUCCGGGGCGAUCCUACCCGAGCCGAAGAGGACGCCGUUCAGUUUCCUGGGUGUUGUCAGCAGUGUGAUAUUCGGCCUGUUGGUCGGUGCCACGAUCAGCAAGAAUGUGGCCAACUUCCUGGAAGAGAACGAUCUCUUCGUGCCCUCCGAUGACGACGACGACGAUGACGACGAUUAGCGACCAGCUGGCUUCAUUCCGUUGUGAUUGAUGAAAAUACUCAGCCCGUUAGAGGUUGCUCUUAAUACUAAUUGAGGAUUCAAGUUUGAAGUCGCAUUGACGCAAGGGCCAGUAAUUGCAUGAAAUUUGCAUAACAGUUGAAAGAAGAGGUGUCUCUUCGCUUGCACUCUACUUAGGUACCUUACUUACGCUUCAAUACCUGAGAUUAUGUAAAUUGUCAUAGAAAUAUUUAUUUAUACAAUUGUUGAGAGUUAAGUAGAACUUUUACAAAAUCUAUGUAUAUAUAUUAUAUCUAUAAAUAAAUUGUGUUAAAUACAA